UGACAUUUCAUUAUCGCGUCGCCAUUUUGCGUUGCUUUUUCCUUUGCAAACUGUGUGGCUUAUUGAAUUUAAAUCACAAAAUAAUAAUUGUUUUUGUUAUAGCGAAGCUGUGAUUGUUAGUAAUUAAGUAGUAUAUUAUAUCUAAUUGUUUUUAACUUAUUUUAUUCUAAGUUUGGUGUAUUUUACGUUACAAUGGGCAGAAAGAAGAAGAAGGCAUCUAAGCCAUGGUGCUGGUACUGCAACAGGGAGUUCGACGACGAAAAAAUUCUCAUCCAACAUCAGAAAGCGAAACAUUUCAAAUGUCACAUUUGUCACAAGAAACUGUACACGGGACCUGGAUUGUCAAUACACUGCAUGCAGGUUCACAAAGAAGCCAUAGAUAAAGUACCAAAUUCAUUACCAAAUAGGUCAAAUAUAGAAAUAGAAAUCUAUGGUAUGGAAGGUAUACCACCUGAAGAUGUGAAGGAGCAUGAGAAACAAAAAUCAGGUGGUGGCAAAGGAUCAGAUAGUGACGAUGAUGAGCCUGCUGCAAAGAAAAAAGCAACGCCUGCACUGCUGGGCCCUGGUCCCUCACAAGUCACUCCCGGCAUAUUGCCCACACCUAUGGGACCAGUUCCUCCGGGGAUGUACCCAGGGCAUAUGCAAAUGCAGAUGCAUAUGCCUCCCUUUAUGCAAGCACCUAGAAUGAUGAUGCCGGGAAUGCGGCCAUUAUUCCCUGCGGUCAGCAUGCCUCCCACAUCGACGAGUAAACCUACGUUCCCCGCCUAUAGUAAUGCGACAAUAAGUGCGCCGCCCACGACGACCACGCCCUCUAGUAGUUCGGAUCACAAGGAGAAUGGUGAAGUAAAACCUCCCGCGGCAAACGCGUGUCCUUUAGUGACGGCCACUGGGGCCGGCUCUAAGAUUAUACACCCCCCUGAAGAUGUCUCAUUAGAAGAGAUCAGGGCUAGAAAUAUUAAGUACAGAGCGAAACCUAAACCUGACGCACCCGCUGCCCAACCGCAGCCUGCGCCCGCCAUGAUCACUCCCAGCACGAGUCAAGCAGAGGUAUGGGUGGCGGCACACAUGAACGCGGCGGUGGCGGCGGCGCGGCAGCAACAAGCGGCGGCGGCGCUGCGGCGCGGCGUGCUGGGCGGCAUGGCGGGCGGCAUGGGCGGCGGCAUGGCGGGCGGCGUGGCGGGCGGCAUGGGCAUGCACGGCAUGGUGGGCAUGCUGCCGGCGCCGUCGCUGCGCGUGCCGGGCGUGGUGCCGCACGUGCCGGUGUCGGUGCCGCAGAUGCCGCCGGUGGUGCCGAUGCUGCCCGUCAUGCCGCAGUUCAACCUCGUGCGUCCGCUGCAGCCCGGGAUGUUGCUGCCGGGAGGCGUGAUGCCGAUGGGCGCCAUGUUCCCGGGCGGCAUGGUCAUGCAGCCGCGCUACCGAUAGCCGCGCCGUCCGCGCCGCCCCGCGCCCGCCGAGCGAAGGUAGGCGCUCGUUUGUUUCGUAUCUACGUCCGCUUGACGGUUGUGUGUCCGACGCUCGUUGCUAAGCGCGGUGAGGGGAACUAACGGAAGGUAAGGCGGCGCGAGGCGGACAGGUGAUGGGCGGUCGCCCGGCAUUGGCCGUGGUUGGGCCGGCAGUUCCCUGCGGCCCCGCAGGCGACGGAACCUGUCACAACAUGAGUUGUUGGAUUGGCGGCCCCCUGUCCCUUAGCAUAAGUCAUUAUAUUCCUACCUUACCACUGAGCUCUCACAUAGACUGUCAAAAGCAGAAUUUCUGUAGUGAAUUCCGUUCUUAAUUAAAUUUCUGGUGUUAAGAGAUGUGUGUAAGAAUAAUAAUUGAAAUAAAUGUUAUCUGCCUUGAUGAUUCUCUAAGCGUUUCCAUUUUAAAGUUGUGACGUUUGCCUACUCUUGUAGAAUUUUGACUAUUUUACGCAAUAAAUGCUCUGGACAUGA